GGUAGGAGAGGGAAGUCAGAGGACAGAAGCACCUGGGGCUCAAACCCCCUCAGAUGCCUAUCCGGAAGCAGGAGCAUGACCUUGGUGUGCUGGUGACCAAGAGCAACGUGGGGCUAGAGGCCAUUUAAUCUUAGUCUUCACUACAGAUAAAGCUGUGUCAGGUGUUGAAGAGAAAGGAUCCAUUGACCUGCAGAGGAAGCAGGGGCCUCGCUGGCUACAUCUACACCAGCUCUGGAAAGAAAAUAGGAACUUGGUAUGUUCCGUGAAUGAAGAAGCACCAUGGUCAGAUUCUUACAGACCCUGCUGUUCCUGGUGAUCACGGUGGAGUUUGUAUCUAGAAGAGUCAAAGCCUGGGGCUCCCCACAGAUUGUGAGGCCAUUCGAAGACAUCCCCAAAUCCUAUGUCUAUGUGCAGCAUGCACUCUGGUAUGCCAUGAAAGAAUAUAACAAGGCCAGCAAUGACCGCUACAACUUCAGGGUGGUGGAUAUCCUAAAAUCUCAGGAGCAGAUCACAGACAGUCUGGAGUAUUAUCUUGAAGUAAACAUUGCCCGAACAAUGUGCAAGAAGAUUGCAGGAGAUAAUGAAAACUGCUUGUUUCAACAGGAUCCUAAAAUGAAAAAGAUGGUGUUUUGCAUUUUUAUUGUUAGCUCCAAACCAUGGAAGUUUGAACUUAAAAUGCUGAAGAAGCAGUGCAAAGAUAUCUAAUCAGCAUUCAGUACACCCUGCCACUCUUACUUUUCUUUUAACUGAAUAAAGAUGCUUGUAAGAUAAUGGACCACC